AGUUUUCUAAUUGGGUUGUUAUUGUGUGACGAUUAUUUUAAUUGUUAUUGUGUUGCGAUGUACUGAGGAGUGGCAGUCGGCGCUAUGGCCCGCCUUGGUCGACUGUUGCUGUCCUUGCUGCCUCUAUCAUGCUGCCUUACUUUAGGGCGAUCGUACCUGAUAGCCAACCACCCAUGCUGUCGGGAGCCCAGCGAGAACCUGACGCUUGCUAUGGUGAUAGACGCGUACGAGAUCUACGGUCACGACCCCACAGACAAACUGGACCACCUCGCCCACUACCAGAUCGAGAUGAUGAAGAUCAAACGGGCACCCGAUCAGUACAUAAUAAACGAGCAUAUUCACAUAGCGACGGACCACUUGGCGAGGUUCACCCACAUGCACAUUAAAGAAUUGAAGGUAUUGCUGAUAGCCUUAGACGACACGAUAGACAACAUGCUGACGAUGUACGACAACCACAACGCCAUCAAGACUGAGAGGGUCGCCACGUACAACUCCGCGGCCGGCGGCGCCGUGCCCUCCGAAUUCUAUAUGAGCCAAGAGUACUACUGCGGUAAGAACGUGUACCUCUUCGUAUCGGAGUUGUACAGUGACGUGUACAACAUGGGCCGCGGGCCCACGCCUUACUGCAAGGGCCGCGCCUUCCACUUCCUGGGAUUCGUGCACUUUAUGGACGACAAAAGAUAUUUCUUGGAAGAAGACCCGAAUGUCGUGUUCACUAUGGAUAAUUUCGUUCACGGAUUAGAGUGUAAUAUAGGGAUAUGUGUUUUCAGAUUUCCAUUUAAGAAAAACUUGCAACACAUUAGAGACGUGUCUACUCUACCGAAGGCUAUAGUCAAGUGCGGUACGGAGAUGUACAAGUUACCGCCGUUAACUGCAGCAUCCUGUAUCAUCACGUCGGGCUCAUUUAUUCUGGACUUUAAUAUACAGGGUGUAAGGAUGAGGCAUCAUGAUUACUUGCUGUUGAUGCCAAACGGUCAAGCAUAUUAUACGAAAGAGAAAUAUUCCCCGAUGUUCUGCGACCAUCACGUCUGUGAAUGGAACUACACCAAUUUCUAUGGAGGUCCAUUUAUAAUCCCUGGCGAUCCCGGCACUGGUCUGUCACCGGUCCCUCCCUUCAUUGAGCAGACUACAGAAGCCUUCACGGUGACUACAGAGGGUGGCGUCCCGACUGGCCCUGGCGGCGAGGAGGCCAACAUCACUUACACGCUUGACGGGUGCUGGUACAUGUUCCCACCGAACUACGGCUCCAUCGCCGGCAUCAGCUAUCUGGACCCUCUCACAGUCAACGAGUACCGGUUCACAUGCCAAGGGUCUGGCAAUAAGGGCCUGUACUGGUACCCGCAGUGGAUGGGCUCGCCGCCGCACCACCCGUACCCCACGUCGGGCGACACGCCGGGCUCUAUGUCGCGCCCCGUCGAGCCCGUGUACUACCCGCACCAGCAAGGAAACCCGCCCUCCGCCCUCAUGCUGCCAGAGCUACACUGAAUAUAUCUGUUACUUAUACAAUACAUUUUUAUUUUAUAUCUACCGUAAUUAUAUAACAGCUGUAAUAAGAUGGAGAAUUUUAACUUGAGUAUUCAACUCCCGGCUCUCCGCGCCAGUUGCUUUUACUUACUAUAAGCUUGUCGUUCUGAUCCAAGUUCUGACCAUGAACUCAAAUUCGUCCAUUAUAUUGUGUCCUGAAAUGGGGAAUUAAAAGGGCCAUAGUUCGAAAUUUGGCCAUGGCCCCAAAGGCAUGAAAAAGGGGGGCUGAGAUUUUUUUUUUAUUUUA